AUGAGUUUUGGCCUUGAAUACAGCGAGGGACAGCGCGACUAUCUCGAGCGCAUUGGUGUAGGCCCCCUCCUUGAGGAUUUCGUUGCCGAUGCUGUCCGCGAGAAGCCUAAUGAUGUUUACGAGUUCCUACGACAAUGGGCGACUGCGCGGUGCGCGAAGGCGACGGCUGCCACUCAUGAAAAGUCUGCCCGAGUCAUUCAACGCGCUUUCCGAAACUACCGCUCGCGGUUAACCGCAACUGCCUAA